GGCACCGGCCACUCGCCAGGGGGGUGAUCUGCGAGCCGGGCCGGGUCACUCGGCGGGCGCCCGAGGCCAGGCUGCCCGCUCCCGCUGCCGCCCGCCCCUCGGGCACUGCCCCCGCCGCCGCCAGAUCUCCGCAGCACGCCUUGUGUCUAGGUCGUUUGGGAAACGCCUUGGAGAGUCAAGAAAAAAAUUGCAGGUCAAACAAUGGAUGACUGGAAAAAUCGGCUUGUAAUCAAGAACAUGCUUCCCAAUUACUCCAUGGUGGGAAAUCGUCAGGAACAGAGAAAGCUCCAGGAAUCGGGAGCCGCUAAGAGAAGACAGGAAGAAGAGGGCUACCACUACCCAGGCAUGGCUGAAGGGGGUUACCCUAGUAAAAGCAAGAGGCCUUGCCUCGAAGAUGUCACUCUCUCCAUGGGGGUGCCCAGGGCGCAUGCCAGCGCAGUGUGUACCGAGCUGCAGCCUCCUCCCAUGCCCAUGAAUCCCAGCUCCGCAGCCAUGGGCGUCACCAGCCAUUCUCUGAUGCUGGAAAACAAUCCCAUGAAUGGCAGUGUCAUGGGCUCUCCGUAUGCAGUGGCGCCGCCCACCGACAUGAGCCUGAAGGGGGCACCCCAUCUCGUUCCUUACUGCGACAAAAGUAACAACAACAACAGCAACAUGCAGGCCGCCGUGGACCAAGAGCUUCAGGAGCUGCUGGAGGAACUGACCAAGAUUCAAGAACCGGGAUCAGCCGAGCUCGAUCUGGAGAAGAUCCUGGGAAACAAGCCGGAGGAGCCGCUGCUUCUGGAGCAUUCGCAGGCGAGCCUGGCGGCCCCGGCCAAGCCCACCGUUCAGAUGCCACACAUGGAGAGCCUGGGGCCCAGCAAAGAGUUCCCUCCGAGUUGUAGCCAGGUGCCUGGCAUAGCACUGCCAAUGCCAUCCUCCUCCGCAGGGGUCAGCUAUGGACUGCCCCCCACCAGUAAGCAGAUGAUGUCUCCCACGGCUUCCGGCGUGCAGGCCAAGAACCCGGCACAGGCAAGGCCCCCGGUGGCCAUGCCUCAGAUUCCCGUGCCGCAGUGGCAUCAUGCCCACCAGUUGAAGGCCCUGGCAGCCAGCAAGCAGGGCUCGGCCACCAAGCAGCAGCAGGCGCCGACCCCCAGCUGGUCCGGCCUGCCUCCCCCGGGCGUCUCGCCCCCCUACCGCCCUGUGCCGUCGCCUCACCCGCCGCCGCCGACCUUCAGCUCGCAGAGCCUCCUGGUGUCGUGCAUGUCGUCAGGCACCAUGCAGAGCUCCUCCGGCGCCUUGCUCCCUAGCAUGCCCUACGUGCCCAACCCGGCGCUCAGCCAGCAGCAGUCGCAGUUCACCCAGCAGAGCUCCAUCCUCGCGCACCUGGUGUCGUCCACCAUCAAGCACCCUCAAGGCCACAUGCUGACCGCGCUGCCCACCAGCACCCCGGGCCCGUCGCCGCCCUACCGCCCAGAGAAGCUGGCCAGCCCCGGCUUGCCACAGCAGUCCUUCACCCCUCAGUGCUCGCUCGUCCGGAGCCUGCCAACCAGCAGCAAUGCGCUGGGGCAGCAGCAGCAGCAGCAGCAGCAGCAGCAGCAGCAGCAGCAGCAGAUGGCCAAUGCCAUGUUCAAGCCCAUGAGCACCAACGCGUCCAAAGCCCCCUUCGGCAUGCUCAUGCCACCAGCCAUGGCCAGCACCAGCCACGGGGCCCCCGAGCCUCUGUCGUUUGGCAACACCAAGCCGCUCUCGCAUUUCAUGUCAGAGCCGGGGCCCUCCAAGAUGCCACCCAUGCCCGCGCCCUCGCGCCACGCCAGCCUGCUCCACUACCUGCAGCAGCCACCGACCAUGCCGUCCUCGGCCACCGCCUCGUCCACCGCCACAGCCACGCUGCAGCUGCAGCAGCACGACCCCUCGACGUUCCUGCUGCAGCAGGUGAUGCAGCAGCCGCAGCGCUACCAGCAGCGUGUCAUGGGCCCCGACGCCCUGUCUACUCUACCGAGACAGACUCAUGUAGACAAAGCCUGCAAGCUUGGGGAAACCAGGCUCCCCCAGGUCAGCCUUGGGCGACAGGCCUCAUCCUGCCAAGCCCUGGGGAGUGAGUCCUACCUGCCCGGCAGCUCCUUUGCCCAUGAUCUGGCCCGAGUCACCUCGCACAACAGCUCGCAGGCAGCGCCCUGGGGCGGCUGGGAUCCGAAGGCCUGGAGGCAGCUGCCCGCGCCACUGCUGCCUACCUGCGAAGCCCUAGCAAGGGAAGCAGACAUCCGGUCCUAUGGCAACGAUCCCUGAGCAGCGGCGGGCAUAUACCGCCCAACAGUUGAGACAAUUUCAAGCCGUCCAAGAACAAGUCAUCUUCAAUCGUAGCCGAACCACGGCCGACCCUGCAUCCAGCCAGCACGUGACACCACCCGGGCCCGGGGGCCUUUCAAACACUUUCAAGCCCGGAAUGACCCAGCAGCCAGGCCUCUGCUACUCCGGCAUCCCAGUGCCCUUCCUGUCACCCCCUGUGCGCUCACACACCUAUCCGACCCGGGCCGCCCCCUCGGGGGCACCCCUGUCUGGCUUCUGUCUCAGCUCUCUAGGCAUUCAGCAUCCAAGCCCCGACCUGCUCAGAGUGUCC